CACGCGGCCAGCCAGGCUCGGGCUUCCGUGCAAGGACAAAAAUUCCCAAUGUCGGGGACCUACGAGGAAGCGAUCAAGCUGCUCACCUCGCGCUCCAAGGCCUUCAAGAAGGUCGCCACCCUUCCCAAUGGCGCACCGCGGGACCCAAUUCCCAAUUACGUUGGGAUGAGGGAGUGGCUAGCUGUGCUAGGUCACCAUGAACCCAGCCGCCCUUUCGAUGUCAUCCACGUUACCGGCACUAAGGGAAAAGGUGGCACCUGCGCGUGGACCGACGCCCUCCUCCGUUCCCAUUUCCAGUCGUCGCACCCCCAAGCCGCCGGCCGGCCCAAGGUCGGCCUCUAUACGUCUCCCCACAUUGUGUCGGAGCGCGAACGUAUCCGGAUCGACUUCGCCCCUGUGUCCGAAUCCCUUUUUGCCCGCCACUUUUUCCACGUCUGGGAGACGGUCCUCCGCCAUGUAGGCCAUGUCGACAGCAUGCCUGGUUACCUCCAGCUUCUGGCCCUGUUGUCAGCCUACAUCUUCCGUGUCGAGGGCGUCGCCGUGGCCGUGUACGAGGUCCAUGCUGGCGGGAGGUUCGACUCCACAAACGUAUGGGAUACGCCAGUCGCCUGCGGCUUCAACACCAUCGGACUGGACCACGUUGGGUUGCUGGGACAAAAUGUCGGCGAAAUCGCGUGGAACAAGGCGGGCAUCAUGAAGAAGGGCGCCAAGGCCUUUUCCGUUCCUCAGGUUCCCGAAGCAAAAGAGCCGCUCGUGCACGAAGCCAAAGCGCUGGGUUGCCCGCUGGCUUUUGUCGAUGCCCAAGGCCCCGACGGCUCAAGUGCCAUACCCCCCAACGCGCCCGAUUACCGCCCCGAACUGCUGCUGCCAGAACCCCGGAAUAACCUAUCUCUAGCGAUACAUCUCGCCAACGCAUACCUGGGGAAACGGGGCACAACACUUGGCCAGGAAACGAUCCUAGGUGCAGUACAAAACUUCCAGUGGCCGGGGCGCUUUCAGGUCGUCGAAGCGCCCCAGGGGUCGAAAACGCGCUGGUACCUGGAUUUUGCGCACAACGAUAUCAGCCUUCCUGUGGCCCUUAACUGGUUCCAUGCUGAGGUAUCCAGGUUCGAUAAAGUCAACCCUCUUCCACCUAUGGAUGUGCCCAUGGCGGGCGAGGCGAACAAAGGGCUACGAGGCCAACCCGCCGAAGGACAGCCACCUUUCUGUCAAGCAAAGCGGAUCAGAACACUAGUCUUCGGUCACCAAUCGGACAGACGAGAAACAGCAGACAUGGCCAAGGUAAUACUGCAACACUGCCGCGAAAAAGGGAUGGUCUUCGACCAUAUCAUCCUGGCAGGCCAUUCGCGCCGUGUUUCGGGGCGGCAGGUAUUUGACUAUGACGAGGCUCGCAAGGUUCUCGAGCUCUGGCAAGGCUCGGCCGGGUGGGAGCCCGGGGUCAACAUCACAUGGUGCGCAACCGCCAAGGAGGCCAUGGAUACCGUAGAGAGACUGGCUGCUGGGACUGCCGGGGAUGAUGAAAAGAGCGCAGGCACAGGGGUGCACGCACUCAUUGUCGGUUCAUCACACCUCGUCUCCUCGGCUGUGGCAGCCAUGCCCUCAUCACCCCUUGGUUGAGGAAAAGGCAGCUGGGAGUCAGUUGUAACGCAAUACAAAACACGAAAUGGGUAUGGGCUCAAUACAGCAUUAGCAUUUGAGAUUCUAAUAGUCGGCCAAGUCCAUGUCCCAUCCGGCAGGCCUUCUGUCAGAGACUAGUGACGCAGGACUGCGAGGAUAUCACAAUGGUGAGGGGGUCAGCGUGAGCCUGCACAUGGCAUGGUGACAGCAAAUCAGCAUGGGGAGGGCUUGAAGGAUCAGCUAGGCAACCACACGCUCCCAAAAAUCACGUCUCCAGAUGCACAAGCCAGCCACUCUACAGGGUAAAAUUAGUGGGAGGCGCAAUGAGCCAGGAGUUCCGACAACUAUGCAACACUACGUGAAAAUUAGCAGAGCCGCGGGCUUUUGGACAGCCUUACCAUCGCCGAACCCAAAGCCAAGCC